CCCUCGACGCGGGCGUGACCGGCGCAGCCGCAGCAACAGCAAGGACAGGGACGAGCGCAGCAAGAGCCGCAGCCGGAGCAGGAACCGCAGCCGCAGCCGCAGCCGCAGCAACGACCGCGCAAAGGACCGCAGCAGGAGCAGGAGCAACGAGCGCGGGAAGGAUCGGGAGAAUGGCAAGAAGGCCGGAAGCCGCAGCCCCUCGCGCAGCCGCAGCCGCAGCAGGAGCGCGAGGAAGGAGAGGAGGAACAGCAGGAGCCCUAGUGCUGAGAAGAAGGAAGAGAAGAGCCCGAGGCGGAGCAGGAGUGCGAGUAAGGAGAGGAGCAAGAGCAGGAGUAAGAGCCCUGCCAGGAGGAGUGCUAGCCCUGUCAGGAGGAGUGCUAGCCCCGUCAGGAGGAGUGCUAGCCCUGCCAAGAGAAGUGCUAGUCCUCGUGAUGAUGGUUCGCCUAAGAGGUCUCCGAUGCAGGAUGCAGAUGGGGAAAGGAGCCCUGAGAGGAAGGGAGAUGAUGCAGGAAAGGAUGGGGAUGAGUAGAUUUGGAUAUGCACUGGGUGAUUUCGUUCACUGGGAUGGUGCUAGUUUGGUUUUAUACUCUGGAACUUAA